UGAAUUUCCACCCACAAAAGUUGAGACGAGCCGAAUAGCCUCAAGAUGCCUCCAAAGGCAGCGAACAUGCGGCCGGGGAAGCCUCCCAAGGUCGUAAAGAAGAAACCUGCCACUCCUUUCGCCGUCAAACCCAUUGGAGCUUUCUACGUCUUCUUCGUUGCCAAUUUACUCGCCGCCUUAUAUGCGCCGAUACAGGAUUGCGAUGAGACAUUCAAUUACUGGGAACCGACACAUUACCUGAGCCAUGGCUAUGGAUUGCAGACAUGGGAAUACUCGCCAGAAUAUGCGAUCAGGAGUUGGCUGUACAUUAUCCUCCACGCCUUAGUAGGGAACUUUAGACGGCUUUUGCCUUUCUCCACAAAGGUUGGGGAGUUCUAUUUCAUCCGAUAUAUUCUAGCUUUCGGAUGCGCCCUCAGUCAGACGAUACUUUUCCGAGUAGUGAACAACACACUCAACCCGCGAAUCGCCCUUUUCUUCUUGAUGGCUAUGGUUUUCAGUCCUGGAAUGUUCCAUGCAUCUGCCUCUUUCCUUCCAUCGAGUUUCGCCAUGUAUACUACAAUGUUGGGAAUGGCACAGUUCAUGAACUGGAGAGGAGGGCUGAAGACAGCACCGGGGAUAUUCUGCUUCGCACUCGGUGGGAUACUAGGGUGGCCGUUUGCCAUGGCAUUAUCGGCUCCAUUCUUGUUUGAAGAGAUUAUUUUUGCCUCCUUGAGCAGCAAGGAUGCUUUCAUUGAGACUAUUAUGCGAUUCGUGAGAGGAGUUGUGUCAGGACUCAUUAUUCUGCUCUUUGAGUUCGUCAUCUCUGGUUUCUUCUACAAAAGCCUGGUUCUGGUUCCAUUCAAUAUUGUUUGGUACAACAUUUUCAGCCAACCCGGAAAAGGACCAGAAAUUUAUGGUACCGAGCCAUGGCAUUUCUACAUUCGCAACUUGCUUCUAAACUUCAACAUAUGGUUCGUGUUGGCAUGCGCUGCUCUACCACUUUUCACGCUUCAAAAGUUUUUCUCGAGAUCAACGCAAGCCAACACGGUUACUGGUUUACGCAGUGUCAUUUUCAUGACCCCUUUCUACAUGUGGUUGGCUAUUUUCAGCUUCCAGCCGCAUAAAGAAGAGCGGUUCAUGUAUCCUGCCUACCCAUGCCUCGCCCUUAAUGGCGCUAUGUCACUACAUAUUAUCCUCGCAGCUUUUGGACAGUCAGAUCCAAAAACGCUUGUUGGUAAGAUCCCUGCCAAGCUCAAGCUCUUAAUUGUGAGCUUUGUUAUGAUUGGAUCCAUCGAUGUUGGAGUAGCCAGAAUCUACGGAAUCUAUUCGGCAUAUUCAGCACCACUGAAAAUCUACGAGCCACUACAUACGGUUGGGCAAUAUGGAGAUUCAGUUUGCUUUGGGAAAGAAUGGUAUCGCUUUCCAAGCUCUUACCAUCUCCCCAAUAAUAUGAGGGCAAAGUUUGUGAAGAGUGAAUUCAGUGGACUUCUUCCAGGGGAAUUUUCUGAGGCCAAGACUGGAUUUGGACAUUGGUCUGGAGCCUGGCUUAUUCCUCCCGGAAUGAAUGAUCAAAAUAUCGAAGAUAUGGGCAAAUAUACUGACAUUAGAGCCUGUGACUUCCUGGUCGAUACAUACUAUCCUGGGUCAAAUUCCUCUGCACUAGAACCACACUACAUCAAAGAUUCCGAAGUCUGGGAACAACGUUCCUGCACGCCCUUCCUCGACGCCUCGAAGACACACAUCCUGGGCCGCAUAAUCUGGGUUCCAAAUUGGCCAAUCAUCCCCGAGAAAUACAGGAGGCAUUGGGGAGAGCAUUGUUUACUAAAGAAGAGAGCAGCGAAAUAGAGCAGCCAACUUGUGUGAUAUGAUGUCGGACAUUGUAUAUUAUUUACGAAUAUAUAGAGCA